AUAUUAUAAUUAAUUGCUUCAAUUUGCAAGGAGAAAUAAAAAAGGUAAGCUAAAGUAGAAAGUAAAAGUCAGAAGAAUUUCUACAUUCUCAAAGGGAGUUAAAGGGACGGACAUUCAAGUUUUCAAAUUGAUACAAAAAGAGCAAAAGAAAAAGUUAAAAAAUUUAGGCAAAUUUACAACAACAGCUAAGAAAAAAUAAUGAAAGGUCAAUUUUUAUUUUCAUUUUUGGCAAUUAUCCUCCUCGCCUAAUGCUAAGAAAAGGAUCAACGAUGCUUUAAUAAAAUGACUUUAGGAACAAGUGAAAUAAGUUUCAUAAAUUCUAUAAAAGAGUCUAUUUAAAAUAAGGAGACUUUUGAUGCAUAGUGUCUGCACAUUCUGAUAGAAAGAGGAUAUUACAAAGCUGCAAUCCUUUUGUUUGAAGACUACUUUCUCACAAACAAUAUAGAUCUUCAUGAAAGCACUCUCAAGCUUACUUAAGUUUAAAAAAGAGAUCUUGAUAAAUUUAUUUAAAAAAUUAUGAGUGCAAAUUAGGCAGUUCAGUAAAUCGAACCUGUUUUGAAAUGGGCUUAAAGCGAAGACAAUAUUUUCUUACAUAUUAAAUUAAGUAUGAGAGCUGAUUCUCCUGCCUGUGUUCAUUGCAAAGUUGAAAAGAUAGAAAUUACAAAUUCUACUUUAUUGAUGAGUGCAUAUGGUAUAUAAUCUCACCAACCACUUAGAUUUUAUCUUAAUUUAACAUUAUAUGAUGAAAUAAACCCUGAACUUUCUUCUUGGAAUGAAGACUCUGUAGGAACAUUAUUCUUUAAUCUGACUAAGAUUCAUAAAAUCUAAGCUAGUAAUUAAGGAGAUCAAGUAAAUCUAGGAGAUGAUAGUCAAAUUUAAAGACCUACACCUUCUUAAGAAGCUGAACAAAGUACAUAAGAAAAAGAAGAAGAAAAUUAGAUAACAGAAUAGGAGAAAAAUGAAUAACAAGUUAAAGCAGGAUAAGAAGGAUAGUAAACUCCUACUUAAAAAGAAGAAGAAAACUAAUAAUAAUAAGCAGAAACACCACAAUAAGAUUCAUAAAAUUCUUAAAGUGGAUAAGCUGAUACAUAAAAAAACCCUAACGAAUAAGCCUAGGUAAAUACAACUGCAGCUAAUAACAGUACUGUAACAGCUAAUAACAAUAAAAAAGAAAAGGAAUCUAUUGCUAAUAAGAUAUGGUUAAGAUUGGAGAAAGCUGAAAGAAAGAAAGAGUUUGCUAUAUGGUGGGAUAUCAGAGAUAAAUACAGAAAUGCAAUGGAUGAAUGGGAUUCUCUAUGUGCAAAGGAAAGAGAGAAUAAAAAGAAAAAAACCAAAUAAGAAAAGUAAACUUCUCAUAAUCAACAUGUUUAAAAUUAGCAAUAGCAAUAACAAUAGCAAUCUUAAUAACAAGAACAAUAGGAAUAGUAACAAUCUGCAGAUAAUGCCACACAAUAACAAAAUAACACUAUAGAAAGCAAAACUGAUUUAUGA